GCAUAGACUUCGGCGGGAUGAUGUGUACCAAUGUGCGUUAGUUGUGUGUGUGUCUAGUGGAGGUGGCGAUGGUAGUGUGGAGUGGAGAGGUUUUGCUGAUUUGUUAAAGAUAUAUUCCCCAUAACAUCUCCGGCUUUAUAAUAAAAUCAAAGCUAUAUUGUGAUAUUCAACAAAAGACAUUAUAUAUUAAGCUUAGCGCCUCGCAUGGCUGACCUAUUUCGAGGUCAUUAGAUUUGACGCAUGUAAACGAACGAAGAAAAAGAUUUUCAUGUGUUCAUAUUCCUGGAAAUUUCUCGUCGGGAUUAAUCGUUAACAACUGCUUGAAACGUAAUUAACAAAAAAAAAAAAAAGAAGAAAACUAUUUGAGAAAGCAGUGCAUGUUGAGUGCGAUCGACGAAAGAAGAAGUGUGCAAUCUUGCGAUUUCAUUUUAGUGGGGGGAAAAAAAGGAGAAAAAGAUCAAAUAAUUUUUGGGGCAAAAUGUACUCUCACGCUAUCGCGCCCUUUGAGGUGAGGGGGGUAUAGGAGUUGACCAUGGAAUCGGAAAUUCGGAUGGUCACUCACCCACGCCUUAGGGCAGUCAGACUGAAGUGAUCGGUGCCUAAAAUUAGGUAGAUUUGUUAUAAAUAAAUUAAUGAUAUAGGUGUGAUAGUUCACUAUCUUAACUCUCUGUUAUAAGUAUUUAAGUUAUUUGAAAUUCUGAAGGAAAAAUAAUUAAAGUUGCGUUCAUUAUGGACACCAUCGUGCAUUAUUAUUAAUUCGUGUGUGUGUGUGUGUGUGCAUACGCCCGCCCGCCUAGUGGGCUGUAAUCACGGUCCUUCGCUACCAUGUACGCUUACGCGGCUGGGGCGUAUUCGGGCGCCUACAUGGGCGUGGGGUCUGGGGUAGGCGGGCUCUCCGGGGGCAGCAUGACCGCCCCCGCCCCCCACCACCAGGUGUUAGCCACCCCUACGCCCAUCCCUGCUGCCGCCGCAGCCGCCCAUACGAUGACGACGACCCUCCCGCCCACCACGAAGAGAAGGUCCGAUGAGGAAGAGAGCUCAGGAUCCAAGUAUGGCCGGAUGGAGUCGGCGGAUGAUAGCAUGCAGGACAAGGAGAGAUUUGCCAGUCGAAGGCCGAAUAACCACUUGGAGAACCACUGCGAGGUCGAACGCAGGGAAAACCACUGCGAGAUCGAGAGACGGAGGCGCAACAAGAUGACGGCGUAUAUCGCUGAGCUCAGCGAUAUGGUCCCCACCUGCUCGGCGUUGGCGCGCAAGCCCGACAAGCUGACGAUCCUACGCAUGGCCGUAGCGCACAUGAAGGCUCUACGCGGUAUGGAGAUUGCCAACGGGAGUGGAAUGGGCACGGGGAAUACAAAUACAGAUGGAACCUACAAGCCCUCCUUCCUCACAGACCAAGAACUAAAACACCUCAUUCUUGAAGCUGCAGAUGGCUUCCUCUUUGUGGUUGCAUGUGACACCGGUCGUAUUAUUUAUGCUUCUGAUUCUGUAACGCCAGUUCUUAAUCAACCACAGAGUGAAUGGUUUGGCUCUAGUAUGUAUGAACAUGUUCAUCCUGAAGAUGUAGAGAAAGUAAGAGAGCAGUUAAGUACACAAGAACCUGCAAAUCAGGGACGUAUCCUAGAUCUCAAGACAGGCACUGUCAAAAAGGAAGGCCAUCAAUCAUCCAUGAGGCUUUGUAUGGGAUCCAGACGAGGAUUCAUUUGCAGAAUGAAAGUAGGCGCCGUCACAGCAGACAACAUGAAUACUGGUCAUUUGAAUCGCCUUAGACAAAGAAAUUCCUUAGGUCCUGCCACUGAUGGCCAUAAUUAUGCAGUGGUUCACUGCACUGGUUAUAUAAAAAAUUGGCCCCCAACUGGAGUUCAGAUGGACCGUGGAGAAGAAGAAGCUCAUGGCUCAUCCCAUUGCUGCUUGGUGGCCAUUGGACGUCUACAGGUUACUUCCACUCCUGACACUUCUGAUCUCAUGGGAUCAAAUUCACAGAGUGAAUUUAUAUCCCGUCAUGCAAUGGAUGGGAAGUUCACUUUUGUUGACCAGCGUGUGAUGACAGUCCUUGGUUAUUCCCCUCAAGAGUUAUUAGCUAAACCCUGUUUUGAAUUCUUCCACCCAGAGGAUCAAACACACAUGAAGGAAAGCUUUGACCAAGUGUUGAAGUUGAAAGGGCAGGUGAUGUCUGUAAUGUAUCGCUUCCGUGGAAAGAACAGGGAAUGGGUCUGGUUACGCACAUCAGCAUUUGCAUUUCUUAACCCUUACACUGAUGACAUUGAGUACAUUGUUUGCACAAACACUGCUGCUAAGUCAGUACAAAGUGGUAGCGAGAUGAGCGGCAGUGGAUCAGAACAGCAAGAAAUCAGCUCUGUUAGCAGUCAAUAUACAACUCACCAGCCUGGGUUGGAGUAUUCGUUACAAAGGCAGCGCGAGUUGUAUCCACAUAUGAUCCAGUCUCACAUCCACAGUUCUGGCCGCCCUAGUAGUGCCCAGGGGGCUUACAGUGGUUAUGAAGCAGGUGCAUCACCUUUAGCAAGUUAUUCACCAAGCACCCCACAGGGUACCCCUCUUUCAUCUCAGGCCUCAUCCAGUCUGUCGCGCAUCACAAAGUCCUCAUCUCCCCCUCCAAGUGCACAACCGACUGCUUGGAGUAGUAACCCACAUAUUAGACAGGGCACUGAUGGCUAUACUUACCCUGCAAGUAUAAUGAGUCCGUCACGCUCGCCUUCUACACCAUCGUACACACCCCUCAGUUCUGCCAGCCGUUCCCUCCCACCAUAUACCUCAGCAGCUUCAGCAACACCUGGCAUGUGGCAGUACAGCUUGGGAACAGAAGGAGCAAAUGCUGGGCCAUCAAUCAGUUCUGGGCAUCCAGGAGCAAGUUCAGGUCAUUCCAGUGGCAGUGCUCCAGGCACUCAACCUGAACUGACAGACAUGCUUCAAAUCCUUGACCAGUCAGGUGGUACUACUUUUGAUGACCUGAAUAUGUUUAAUACAAAUUUUGAAUGAGGACCAUCUAAAGUAGUGAAUACCUUGGUAAAAGCUUGACUAUUCCAAGAGACCGUUUAUUUUAUUUUUUUAGCAAUUUUUUUUUGCAGAGGGGUAAGUCUUCAAAUCCAUAUUGGUAUUUCAUUUUUCAUCAACAAGUGCCUCAGUGACAGUGUUCUAAGAUUGGACUAUAGACCCACUAUACCAGAAGUAUGGCAAGUUUUGAAAAGUAGCUGAACUUCAUUUCACUUAUAAAAAUAAGAAUUUUGUUACAGUGUCCAAGGAUUUGCCUCCUUCUGUCAGUGUUUAAACAAUAUUGGAUAUUGGAAUGCCCCUGUGAAUAAUUGAUCAUGGAUGCUUCAACUCAUAUAAUUUUGUGAGUUAUCACAACAAAAGUUUAGAAGAAAAACGGACUUCUUGAUGUAGACAUGGAAUAAGAUGAUAAUACUGGUCAUCAGGAAAAGUGAAUUAUCAGGCUAAUUUCAUAUAAUGUAUAUUGUGAAUUUUAUUUAAAUUUUGUUUAGGUGCUGUUUAUAAAGAGCAAGUUAUUUAAAUUUAGUAUUUAUAUUUAUUUUGAAUAAUACUGUACCUCAAGCAGUAGAGCUCAAUAUUGUAAUUUACAAUGUUUAUGUUUAAAGAAAUUAUGCUGAUAAUCAAAUUGCAAUAUUUCAGCAUUAUGUUUUUGUUAUGAUUUUAUGAUUACUUAGGGAUGUUCACCACUGUACAGUACUUUCAAGCACGUUUUGAUUUAGUGCUCAAGCUUGUGUUGUUCAGAAAUGGUAUGUAUUCACUGAAAGAGAAACAUGAAAGUGUC